CACAGCUACAACCUCGAUCAUGUGCGGUGCGUAUGGUCCUUGUCGUCUGUCAUUCCCAAGCUGCUUCCCCGCCUGUCCAACGAAGUGGCCGUCGGGGACCUCUUAGAGGAUGCGGACGCACUUCGAUCGCGGCACAAGAGAGCCUGCGUCUGGCAAGUUCAACAUUGAACCCGCCUACGCUUAUCUGCGGCUCUCCGAUAUAGGCGAAUACUGGAUAGACUUCCCCAUACAUAUAUUUGAGUUUCGACAUGCCCUCCUAAGCCCGUCCUCUCUGCUCAAUUAUUCAAACAAUUCUCAUUUGACUACCAUAUUCCUUCACCCGUUCUUGAUUUGACACUAUCAGGAUGGAUACUUCAAAGCGUGUCGUCAUUAUCGGUGCUGGCAUCGUGGGGACCAACCUUGCGGAUGAGCUUGUCUCUCGAGGAUGGAAGAAUAUCACAGUCGUCGAGCAAGGCCCUUUACAAAUGCCUGGAGGCUCAACUUCACAUGCUCCCGGUCUAGUCUUUCAAACCAAUCCUUCAAAGACAAUGACUCUCUUCGCAAAGUACACGGUUGAAAAACUGCUGGCACUUGAGAAGGACGGAACCAGCUGCUUCAAUCAGCUUGGUGGUCUCGAAGUAGCCACGACGCCGGAACGCCUCCAAGAACUCCGCCGCAAGCAUGGCUAUGCCCAGUCAUGGGGAAUUGAGGCGCACAUCAUCAGUGCAGACGAGUGCAUCAACAAGUACCCCUCGUUAAACCCCCAGCUCAUCCUCGGUGGACUUUAUAUUCCAAGUGACGGAUUGGCAUUAGCAGCCCGCGCAACGCAGAUACUUAUCGAGAGCACGCGCCAAUCUGGAGUGAGAUAUCUCGAGAGCACGCUUGUCACAGGAAUUCAAACGGAGAACAGUCAUGUGACGGGCGUGGAAACCGACAAGGGAGUUGUUCCUGCAGAUAUAAUCGUUUCCUGCGCUGGGUUCUGGGGUGUAGAAAUCGGAGCCAUGGUCGGACUAAAGGUUCCCCUCCUUCCAUUGGCGCACCAAUACGCAAAGACUACAGCUGUCCCGCAUCUAGUUGGCCGCGAAGCCAAUACAAGAAUUAAUGCCAUGAAUGCAGAGCUCCCUAUCUUACGACACCAGGAUCAAGACCUAUAUUACCGCGAGCACGGUGAGCAAUAUGGAAUUGGCUACUACGGCCACCGACCCAUGCCGAUCGUUGCAUCCUCUCUAGGCGUCACUAGCGCACAUGUCGACGAAAAGAACAUGCCCUCAAGACUCGACUUUACUCCCGAAGACUUCGCCCCAGCCUGGGAGGCUACAAAGGAGCUGCUUCCCGCCCUUAGAGAGACGGAAAUCGCAGAAGGAUUCAACGGUAUUUUCUCUUUUACCCCCGAUGGAGGAUCACUUGUUGGCCAAGCUCCCCACCUUGAUGGGUUUUACGUUGCGGAAGCUGUUUGGGUGACACAUUCGGCCGGAGUAGCUCGCGCGGUUGCAGAGAUCCUUACCGAAGGCCGAUCGAGCAUCGACAUUGCUGAGUGCGAGUUGACUCGCUUCGAAGAUGUCCAGCUAAGUCCGGAAUAUGUCAGUGAGACAUCACAGCAAAACUUUGUCGAAAUUUACGACAUAAUCCAUCCGUUAGCACCAAAGGUUUCACCAAGAGAUUUGCGCGUCAGUCCUUUUCAUGCGCGGCAAAAAGAGCUGGGUGCAUUCUUUCUGGAGGUAGGUGGGUGGGAGCGGCCACAUUGGUAUCAAGCGAAUGAACACCUUUUGAAGACUUUGCCGGAUCCAUGGCGGCCCGUCCAGCGAGAUGCAUGGUCAUCCAAGUUCUACUCACCGAUCGCCGCCGUCGAGGCAUGGAAGACACGCCAUGCAGUUGCUGUCUAUGACAUGACGACGUUUCAUCGUUUCGAAAUCAACGGUCCUGGAGCUUUGAAAUUAUUGCAGUACCUCACUACAAGCGACAUCUCCAAACCCGUUGGCACCAUCACGCACACAUUGCUUCUCAAUUCCCAGGGUGGCAUUUUGAGCGAUUUGUUCAUAUCGAGAAUUGGAGAUCACCUUUUCCAGAUUGGCGCCAAUACUGCCACCGAUUUGGCCUAUCUCUUACGACAUGCUCGCAAGCAAUCGCAACGCAGUCCAAGCUUGUGGUGCCAAGUACGAGACAUUACCGGUAGUACCUGUUGCCUGGGCCUCUGGGGCCCUCGAGCGCUAGACGUCAUAGGCGAAGUCAGUUCGGAGGACUUCUCUGACGCUGGCUUUCCUUACAUGACGGUGAAAAGGACAAGCAUCGCGGGAAUUCCCGUAACCUUGUUCCGCAAAUCUUUCGUUGGGGAAUUCGGAUGGGAGAUCCAGACCUCACCUGACUUUGGGCAAAGGUUAUGGGACAUGAUAUGGCAAGCUGGCAAACAUCACGGGCUGAUCGCCGCUGGUCGUGCUGCAUUCAACAGCCUCCGGCUAGAAAAAGGUAUUAGAAUCACGGGCUCCGAUAUGACUUCCGAACACAAUCCUUAUGAGGCUGGUGCGUUGUAUGCGGUCCAAAAAAACAAGAAGGAUGACUAUGUUGGCAAGUCCGCCCUGAGAUCAGCUGCAACAAGGGCAUCAGCUCGGCGUCUAGCCUGUAUCACCAUUGACGAUAGUCAAUCCAUGAUAAUGGGCAAAGAACCUGUGUUCUACCAAGGCAAAGCGGUGGGUUACGUUACAACCGCUGCUUUCGGUUUUACUGUACGCAAACCUGUUGCAUAUGCCUGGCUGCCUCGAGGGUUAGAGCGGGGGGACAAGGUCGAAGUGGAAUACUUUGGAACAACCAUCAAAGCUACCGUUGUAGGAGAUCCGUUGUAUGACCCAGAAGAGACUCGAUUGUCAAAGACCCCCUCAAAAACCUCCUCACAGGAUUUACACACAACGCCCCCGAAAGUGUUGAAGUCACUUUUGUAGGACGUAAU